ACGCGCGCCCGGCGCGUGCACUGCCUCUGGACGCCUUCGCGACGCCAGCAAGCAGCGCCUGCGCAGUCCGGACAGGCCCGUCUAGUUCAGGGCGGGACUCGGGGGUUCUGACAGACUACGUGUGCUGGGCUGGUUUCGGUUCUGGGUCGGAAAGUCCAGGGCUUGGCGGAUCGCGGCGAAGACGACUCGAAAGGGACGAGGCUGGAGCCGCUGCGCCCUCGGCGAGCAGUCCCAGGAUGCACCGCGCCGCCCCGCGCUCGGCCUCGGACUCCAUUUCCCAGCGGCCACUGCUGCCGGCGCCGACCGCCAGCCCGAGCGCCGCGGCGCCUUUGUGAGCCCGCGGGUCCGGCCCCAGGUCGCGUCCCGCCCCGGCCGCGGGGCCUCGGCUCCCGGCCUCUGCCAACCGCGCGGAGCGAAGUGCCGAGUCUCGGGGAGAAGGCGUUCUGUUUUCUCUGGACAGUGCCCUUCUCCCAGAGAGGAGCCUGAGGAGGAGGACAGAAGAGCUGUUAUAAAUUCUUAAAUUCUUAAAGCCAUGUCCGAGGAUUUGGUGACCUUUGGGGAUGUGGCUGUGGAUUUCUCUCAGGAGGAGUGGGAAUGGCUGAGCCCUGCUCAGAGGCAUUUGUACAGGAAGGUGAUGCUGGAGAACUACAGGAGCCUGGUGUCACUGGGAGUUUCAGCUUCUAAGCCAGAUGUGAUCUCAUUAUUGGAACAAGGAAAAGAGCCCUGGAUGAUGAAGAAGGAGGGGACGAGACGCGCAUGUCCUGAUUGGGAAUAUGCAUCUAAAAACAAUGAAUUUUCAUCAAAGCAAGUUACAUAUGAAGAAUCAUCCAAAGUAGUGAUAAUGGCAAGAAGCCAUCUUAGUUAUAACCUUGACUGCUCCAGUUUGAGAGAAAACUGUACAAGUGAGGAUUGGUGUAAGAACCAGUUGAGAAGUCAGGAGGUGCAUCCUGGUCAACUGAUGAUCACUCAUAAAGAAAUCCUCAAUGUAGAGCAAAGUAAUGAAUAUACUAAAUCUUGGCAGACUUUCCAUCAGGGUGCAAUCUUUGACAUAAAGCAGAGUUUUCCUACCAAAGAAAGAAUACAUAAACAUGAGCCACAAAAGAGAAGGUACCAGAAAAAACCUGCUGAAAUGAAACGUAAGAAAGUUUAUGUAGAAAAGAAACUUUUGAAAUGUAAUGAAUGUGAGAAAGUUUUCAACCAGACCUCAUCUCUUACUCUUCAUCAGAGAAUUCAUACUGGAGAGAAACCCUAUGCAUGUGUUGAAUGUGGGAAAACCUUCAGCCAGAGUGCAAACCUAGCUCAGCAUAAGAGAAUACAUACCGGAGAGAAACCCUAUGAAUGUAAAGAGUGUCGGAAAGCCUUCAGCCAGAAUGCCCACCUUGCUCAACAUCAGAGAGUUCAUACUGGAGAAAAACCUUAUCAGUGUAAAGAAUGUAAAAAAGCCUUCAGCCAGAUUGCACACCUGACUCAACACCAGCGAGUUCAUACCGGAGAGAGACCUUUUGAAUGUAUUGAAUGUGGAAAGGCCUUUAGUAAUGGUUCGUUUCUUGCUCAGCAUCAGAGAAUUCACACCGGAGAGAAACCUUACGUAUGCAGUGUCUGUGGGAAAGCCUUUAGCCAUCGUGGAUACCUGAUUGUACAUCAGAGAAUUCAUACUGGAGAGAGACCCUACGAAUGUAAGGAAUGUCGGAAAACCUUCAGCCAGUACGCACACCUUGCUCAACAUCAGAGAGUUCAUACUGGAGAGAAACCUUACGAAUGUAAAGUAUGUCGGAAAGCCUUCAGCCAGAUUGCUUACCUGGAUCAACACCAGAGGGUUCAUACUGGAGAGAAACCCUAUGAAUGUAUUGAAUGCGGGAAGGCCUUCAGCAACAGUUCAUCACUUGCACAACAUCAGAGGAGUCAUACUGGAGAGAAACCUUACAUGUGUAAGGAAUGUAGGAAAACAUUUAGCCAGAAUGCGGGCCUUGCACAACAUCAGCGAAUUCAUACUGGAGAGAAACCUUAUGAAUGUAACAUUUGUGGAAAAGCCUUCAGUUACAGUGGAUCCCUUACUCUACAUCAAAGAAUUCAUACUGGAGAGAGACCCUAUGAAUGUAAAGAUUGCAGGAAAUCUUUUAGGCAGAGAGCCCACCUUGCUCAUCAUGAGCGAAUACAUACAAUGGAGUCAUUCUUGACUCUUUCCUCUCCCUCACCCUCUAUGUCCAGUCAGUUGCCAAGACCUAUAGGUUUGAUCUCCUAAACAGGCCUUGACUCUAACUCCUUUAAUACGCUUCCAUUCUAUUAUGUUUGUCCAACACACAGAAAUCUAUUUGACAUGGACUAUGGAAAGAGCUUUCUAAUUGGUCUCCCUGUAGUUACCAUUUCCUGCUCGUUGUCCAUAUUGCAGUCAAACUUGUAUUUAAAAGUUUGAUCAUAUCACUUCUCCCUCAUUAAAACUUUUCAUUAGCAUCCCAUAGUUCUUAGGUCAAGGCACAUAUUUCUCAAAGUAGCCUAAAAGACACCUUCUCAUUGCCAAUACCUCAUUCCAGUCUAUGUUUCAAAGUCCCAUCUCAUGUCACUAUCCAUCUCAUUCUUUAGAUACUUAACCAAGAAAUCAAGAACUCACAGCCAGCAUCAAAUAGGUCUGGUUUUCAAUUCUUACUCUUCCAUUUUCUAGACCUCUAGUUUUGGACAGACAUUCUGUCAUUUCUAGGCUCAAUCUUCUUAUUUAUGUUACGGGAAUAAUAAUGGUACUACCUCAGAAGUUAACAAGAGGAUUAAGUGAGAUAAUGCAUGUAAUUUGCCCAGCAGAGUGCCUAGCAUAAUCAUUCAAUAAACAUUAAGGUAAUAGAUAAAAAGAUACUAUGUAUACAGAUAAGACCUGAUCAUCUCAGCAAUGAUUGAUAAAUAAAAACAACACCUCAAGACUCAA